AUGGACUAUGCUCAAUUUGGUGAUGUAGUGGCCUUUGACACUACUUACAAAUUAAAUAACGAACAUAGACCUUUUGGAACCUUUGUUGGAUUUAAUCAUCAUCGAGAAACUGUUAUAUUUGGUGCAGCGUUGAUGCAUGAUGAGACUGCCGAAUCAUUCACAUGGUUGUUUCAGAUUUUUUUGGAGGCAAUGUCAAACAAAGCUCCAAAAACAAUUUUCACAGAUCAAGAUGCUGCGAUGGCUAAGGCCAUUCCAAUUGUCAUGCCUAGUACAAACCACCGACUUUAUGUUGGGGUGAAGGGUGUGUUUUCAAAAUUUAUGCAUCAAAUUGAUGAUGAAGAAGAAUUCAAAAUACAAUGGGACCAAAUGCUUGAUAGGUAUGAUGCACGCAACAAUCAUUGGUUGGAGCAAAUUUUUGGUGUGAAGGAGAAAUGGGGAUGGCCAUAUAUUAUGAAUUCUUGGGCAGCUGGAAUGAGUACUACUCAACUAAGUAAAUCAUUCAAUGCAUUUUUAAAGGAUUAUCUCAAUUGUGAUCAUAACUUGAUGGAAUUUUUCAUGCAUUUUGAGAGGGUGCUCUAUGACAAGAGGUAUAAAGAAUUGGAAGCCGAGUAUAAUCUGUCCCAAAAAUUGCCAAGGGUUUCCAUUCCAACUGUGAUGUUAAAGCAAAUGGUAGAUAUUUACACCAAAAUAAUUUUUGAGGAAUUCCAAAAUGAGUAUGUGCAGUCUAUUGAAGCAUCCAUUGUAGGCACUAUUCAUGAUGGUGAGAGUACCAUAUUCACAAUUCAAACGGACGUAGAUGGAAAAAAAGAUAAGAAUGUGACAAUGGAUAGAGAUGGUUUUUUGAGUUGUAGUUGCAAGAAGUUUGAAGUAAAGGGCAUAGUGUGUUGA